CGUGGUUCAGGUAAGCCUCGAAAGUUCCAAAACAAAGCCGCUCUGUCAUGUCAUGUUAAUCUAUGGGACAGACUGCAGCAGUGAGCUCGCUUUUGAACGACACAAUGGCGUCCCCCACUCCUCUCACCAAGGCCAACGCCAUCUUCUCCCUGGAUUUGCUCAGAAAGCUGAGUGAGGACGACAACUCUGCAAACAUCUUCUUCUCUCCCUUCAGCAUCUCCUCAGCCCUGGCGAUGGUGAUGCUGGGAGCCAGAGGAAACACUGCUGCACAGAUGUCAGAGGUUCUCUGCUUCACUGAGGCCGACCAGUCUCAGCCUGCAGGAGGACUGCAGAUGCAGAUGCAGCAGAAGGCCCAGGUCAAACUGCCGCAAGAGCUGAAGACGAGCCAGAAAACAAGUGGCUGUCAGGACGACGUAAACGCCAACUUCGCUCAGCUGCUGAGUGAGCUCAACAAACCCGGGACUCCGUAUGCCCUGAGUGUCGCCAACAGGCUGUACGGAGAGCAGUCCUACCAGUUUGUGGAGGAUUUCCUUAAAAAGACCAGGAAGUACUACAAGGCAGAGCUGGAGUGUGUGGACUUCAUGAAGAACGUUGAAGCAGCCAGGCUGAAAAUCAACAGCUGGGUGGAGAAACAGACACACGAUAAAAUCAAGGACUUGCUGCCCCCGGAUGCAGUGGACCCCAUGACCAGGCUGGUUCUGGUCAACGCCAUCUACUUCAAAGGCAACUGGAACGAGAAGUUCAAGGAGAGCAGCACACGAGAUGCUCAGUUCAGACUCAGCAAGAGCAACAGUAAGCCAGUGAAGAUGAUGAAACAGAAAUCUGAGUUUCCAUUCGCCAGGAUCUCUGAAGCCAACUGCCAGAUCCUGGAGAUGCCUUACCAAGGGAAGGAGCUGAGCAUGCUCAUCUUUUUACCCAACGAUAUAGAGGACGACACCACAGGUCUGGAGAAGCUGGAAAAAGAGCUGACUUAUGAGAACUUUGUGGAGUGGACGAAUCCUGACAUGAUGGAUGAGAUUGAGGUCCAGGUUGGCCUGCCUCGGUUCAAGAUGGAGGAGAAAUAUGACAUGAAGAACGUCCUGGUCAGUAUGGGCAUGGUGGACGCCUUCGACAUGUCAAAGAGUGACUUCUCUGGCAUGUCUCCUGCCAACGACCUGGUGCUCUCAGAAGUCUUCCAUAAAGCUUUCGUGGAGGUCAAUGAGGAGGGAACGGAGGCUGCUGCCGCCACUGGUCCUGUGUUUACGGCUCUGUCUUACACACCUCCAACCUUCUUCAUCGCAGACCAUCCCUUCCUCUUCUUCAUCCGACACAACCCCUCCAACAGCGUUCUCUUUGCUGGUCGAUACUGCUGCCCUGAGUGAACGAUGCUCCAUUGGAAGUGUGUUUUUCAGCUGCAAGGAGCUUAUUAAACAACUAAACAUUUUAUUUUGGU